AUGAUCCACUCGCACAGCUGGCUAGUUGCCGCUGGCUGUCAGUUCCUCUCCCUAUGGGUGCUUAUGCAGGGCUCCUUGCGUGUCUUCAUGACAGAAUGGCUGGUCCCCUGUAGAAUUGGACGACUGAUUAUUGGACAGAAUGGCAUCUUGUCGACACCUGCUGUUUCCUGCAUUAUCAGAAAGAUCAAGGCCGCCGGUGGAAUCAUUCUAACAGCCAGCCACUGCCCUGGGGGACCAGCUGGAGAGUUUGGAGUGAAGUUCAAUGUUGCCAAUGGAGGUCCUGCCCCAGAUGUGGUCUCCGACAAAAUCUAUCAGAUCAGCAAGACAAUUGAGGAGUACGCCAUAUGUCCUGAUCUUCGAAUCGACCUAUCUCGGCUUGGAAGACAAGAAUUUGACCUGGAGAACAAAUUCAAGCCAUUCAGAGUGGAGAUAGUGGACCCAGUAGAUAUCUAUCUCAACCUCCUUCGGACCAUCUUUGACUUUAAUGCCAUCAAGAGUUUGCUGACAGGGCCCGGCCAACUGAAGAUCCGAGUUGAUGCGAUGCACGGAGUUAUGGGACCCUAUGUGAGAAAAGUUCUGUGUGAUGAGCUGGGAGCCCCAGCCAAUUCUGCAAUAAACUGUGUCCCUCUGGAAGAUUUCGGGGGGCAGCAUCCUGACCCAAACCUGACAUAUGCAACAACCCUUCUGGAAGCUAUGAAAGGAGGGGAAUAUGGAUUUGGAGCGGCAUUUGAUGCUGAUGGGGACCGUUAUAUGAUCCUCGGCCAGAAUGGCUUCUUUGUGAGCCCUUCUGACUCCCUGGCCAUCAUUGCUGCCAACCUCUCUUGCAUUCCAUAUUUCCGGCAGAUGGGGGUGCGAGGGUUUGGGAGGAGUAUGCCCACCAGCACGGCCCUGGACAGAGUGGCCAAAUCGAUGAAGGUUCCUGUGUAUGAGACCCCAGCUGGAUGGAGAUUCUUCUCAAAUCUGAUGGACUCAGGACGGUGCUCUCUGUGUGGAGAAGAGAGCUUUGGCACUGGCUCUGAUCACCUCCGGGAAAAAGAUGGCCUCUGGGCGGUCUUGGUCUGGCUUUCCAUUCUGGCUGCCCGGAAGCAGAGUGUGGAGGAAAUUGUCCGAGAUCACUGGGCCAAAUUCGGCCGCCACUAUUAUUGCAGGUUUGACUAUGAGGGGCUAGAGCCCAAGGCGACAUAUUACAUCAUGAGGGACCUGGAGGCCCUGGUCACAGACAAGUCCUUCAUCGGCCAGCAGUUUGCCGUGGGGAACCACGUCUACAGCGUGGCAAAGACAGACUGCUUUGAAUACGUGGACCCCGUGGAUGGCACCGUGACCAAGAAACAGGGGUUUGUUUUUGUGGCCCUAAUUUACACGCAUAUGGAUCAAAAACACCACCACAGCAACAUAAAGGAGGAGGAGAUGGGAGAAAAAGUGAAAGGAAAAACCCACUCUGUCCCUCGAGGGAGCACGAACAGGUUACAGCCUAAUACAGGACAGGGCUUAGGAGUUCUGUUCGUGAAAUGCCCCAAUGCUCUGGGAGCUGGGGUGGUAGGUUCGCGACUGAGAUCAGCAUUUUGGGGGGGCCGGGACAAGACUCUGGAGACCGUCUCCUCCCCAGGGUCCCCGCCCUACUCCCUCCACUCUCCUUUUAUGGAAGAGGAACCAGGGUCUGGCAAACAGGCAGUGCUGAGCCCUCUCAUAGCCAUUGCGCUGAAAAUCUCCCAGAUUCAUGAGAGAACCGGCCGGAGGGGCCCCACAGUCAUCACCUGAGUGGAGGAAAGAUCAGUGACGAGGGCCAAAAGAGAGCGCUUGGCGGGACAUACUUCACCCACGCCUUCUUGCUACCUGUUUGUGCCUUU